AUGUCUGACGAGGAGCUGGCCAAUCAGCUCGAAGGAUGGCUUGAAUGUGAGAAGUGUGUCAUCUCUUCACAUUGGGAUUGCCUCGCUUCGACUCAGCAGAAGGAUGUGCUCCUCACUCUGGCUGAGAAAGAAGGUCCUCCGAAACCUGGGGAGAGACGUCGAAAGUCUGUCAAGAUUGACGAGCGGGCAGGCUUUGUCUGCGCAAGAUGUACGGCAGUGGCAAAGUGUUUCGUUUGUCACAAAGAGCGAUUGCCUACCGAUCAGGAUCGAGAAGUCAUCAAGAAACAAGAUGAGCCUGAAGCCAUGGAACCUGUCGCGGAAGGAGCGGCCUCCACAAGCAUGCUCAAUGGAAACACGACGAUGGAAGUCGACGUCGACGAUGACACGACAGCUGUCAGGAACCUGCGAGACGAGAGACCCACAGCGAAUGGAGACGCAGAUGAGGCCGAGAACUCCCCGGAGGCAGAGGCCGCCCUCAUGUUCCGUUGCGUUCGGUGCAAGCUUGCCUGCCAUUACCUACAUCAUUGUUCUGCCUCGGAGGUCGGUGUCGAUUCUAGUUUGGCUCGAAAGGCUUCUUGGUAUCAAGAAACGCCUCGACAGUGGACGUGCCACCAGUGCAGAGACUGGAUCUGGCCAGUAGACAUCAUCUGCGCAUGGAGACCUUCCCCAGCGGACGCCGUUGAACCUGAGCUAGAUGGAGACGACGGCGAACCGCCCUCGUACAAAGACGCCCUGCCUCGCGAGUAUCUGGUGAAGUGGGCAGGCCGAGGAUUUCGGCACGUCACUUGGAUACCUCAUGCUUGGGCUAUAGCCAAUGCGCCUCAAAAGCUUCGACACUUCCUUGAAAAGGGACCAGCUUUGGAUCUCGUGACAGACGAGACAUUGGCUGCUCGAGGGGAUGAUAUGGCACAGCCAACCAUCUCGAGCAUCUUGGCGGAGGACGACAAAGUCAAAGGUGAUCAGAAGCAUUCGCACGGAGCAAGGGAGUGGAAGGGUUAUGGCCCUCCACCUGAUAAGAACGCCGAGAGCAGUAUCCCCACCGAGUGGUGUACGAUCGAUCGGGUACUGGAUGUCAUGCUUUUGCCCCCAAAGAAGAAGCGGAAACCUACAAAGAUCAAUCGGAGCAAACGAAUCUUGUCUGCCUCUGCAACUCCUGAGCCGGAAGUCGAGGCGACGACAUUAAGCCCUCGACCGGAUGGCGUGAAUCCUCCCGAGGAGGAGAAGAUGGAGAUUGACGAGUGGGAGGAGAGGUCUGGACGGAGCUUGCAGCCAGAGGAUGCCGAUGAGAUCGCUGGACUGAUAACUUGGUGCUUCGUCAAAUGGGAUGACCUACAGUAUGAUCAAUGUGAGCUACGAACUCUUACAUCAUAUUCAGCUACGUGGGAUACACCUCCUCCUGUUGAUUCACCGCUGUAUCCCGCGUUCAAGCGGGCUCUCAAGCGAUUUCUUGGAGCGAGACUCGUCGACCUGCCUGUCCUGAGUGCUUCAGAGAUAAAGCAGAGGGAGAUGGCUGCUGGAAGUAUGACCAAGCCGCCUGAAACCCAGCCGUCGUGUAUUGUUGGAGGCACUUUGAUGCCUUUCCAACUUCAAGGCUUUCAGUGGCUCCUGUACAAGCAUUUCAAGAGGGAAUCAUGUAUCCUCGCAGACGACAUGGGACUAGGCAAAACCAUCCAGAUCGCAUCACUUCUUGGGUACCUUGGCUCCAGUCAGCUGCAGAUCUACCCGUGUCUCGUCCUUGUGCCAAAUUCGACGAUUACCAACUGGGUUCGCGAAUUUGAGAAAUGGGUACCUCAUAUCCAGGUUGUGCCGUACUAUGGUGAAGCAGCAUCCCGCAAGAUCAUCUCCAAAUACGAGCUGUAUCAUAAGGGUCUCCAGGGCGAAGCUCAUGGACUCAGAGCUCAUGUGGUUCUUACAACAUACGAUAUGAUCACGGGCUCCGAAUUUCGUGUCUUUGGAGGUAUUCCUCGAUGGGAAGUUUUAUGUGUGGAUGAGGGACAACGCCUCAAAUCCGACAAUAGUCUCAUAUUCAAUCGUCUGAAAACGCUCAACUCGGUGCAUCGCAUCUUGCUUACUGGCACGCCUCUCAAUAACAACUUGCGGGAGCUUUUCAAUCUGCUCAACUUCCUAGAUAAGGAGACCUUCCGUCAUCUGCAAGACCUAGAAGCUCGCUUUCAAGAUCUAGAUGAAGCGAAAGUGACUGAGCUACAUGAGAUGAUCAAGCCUUAUAUACUCAGGCGUAUCAAAGCAGAUGUGCUCAAGCUGCCUCCGAAGAUCGAAAUCAUCGUACCUAUCUCUCUUGCGCCGCUGCAGAAGAAUGUGUACAAAACCAUUCUGGAGCGAAAUGCAGAUCUACUAAAAGCUAUCGGAGAAGCUAGGCAGAGAAAAGUCCAGAAGGAGGCUAGGGAGCUGAAAAUGGCUAGAAAGACAUCUGCCGAAGGGGACCCUAUCGUCGUCGAUUAG